AUGACUACACUACAGAAAAAACUGUCUGCGUUAAAAAGAAAAAAUAGAGAAGAUGGUGUAAUAAAUAAAAAUGUAGAUCCAUCAUUAAUGUAUAAUACCAACAAUUUAAAUAAUUACGUGAGGUGUAACACGGAGAAACAUAAAACAUAUAAUAAUAUGAAAUCAAAUGUGGGUGUAGAUAAUGGAAAGAACAUGGUAAAUGUAAAAUACGCAAAGUAUUCAAAAUAUACACACAAAGGGUAUCCAAAACAAUAUAUUCAAAAGAAACAAGCAACACAUAACCAUAUAAAAAGGAUAAUUCGUAAAUCUAUAUCAUGGUUUAGUUAUCAAAACUUUAGAAAUAUAUUAUUAUGGAAAAAGAAAAGUACAAUAAUAAAAAAUAAUGAUGGAUUGAAUGUGAAUAUUGUGGUUAAAAAAAAUAACUCUAUUAACAGUGUUACAAAAAGUAGCAAUAAAGAAACGGUAUUAAAAGAAAAUACUGAAAAAUAUAUAAAAAAAGUUCCCAUACAAAAUAAGAAAAAAGAACUACCAAAGAGUGUACAUAGUACUAAAAAUAUAAAUAAUAAUAUAAAAAGUACAAAUAUAAUUAAGAAUGAUAAAAUAAUCAAUGUAAAUAAUGGGAGUAUAUGUAGAAGCAAUUCAGAUAGUAAUGACUUAUUAAAAAAAAAUUAUGUUUUUAAAAUAAAUAAACCAGAAGCUCCAUAUAUUCAAGAGUUGUUAGGUAAAAUGAAGGAUGAUGAUAGUAUUUUAAAGGAUAAAUAUGAUAAUGUAAAAACUGAACGAGAAAAAAAAAAAGUUAAUAAAAAAAAAAAUAUAAUAAUAAUGGAGAAGAAAAAAGGAAAUUAUCAUAAUUAUAGUGAUAAUAGUACUAACAUUAGUAGUAAUAAAAUUGAAGAAAAUAUGUCCUGUAGUUUUCCAGCAUCUAGCCAAAUAUUAUCAAACAAUAAUAAUAAUAAUAAUAAUAAUAAUGAUAUUUGCGAUGAUGAUGAUGAUGAUAAUAUAGAAUCCAAUUCGGUUGAUUACAAAAUUAAGAUAUACAACAAUUUAAUGGAAAAUAUAAAACCUACCAGAAGUUACCAAUUGGAUAUAAGUCACCCCUUAUAUAACAGCCUAUGUAAAAAUGAACUUUCGUAUUUAAGCUCUAAUUGGCAUGAUAGAAUAAAUUUUGCAUUUCGCAAUAUUUGGGCCUUGAGCGAUUAUAUGUAUGAUGAAAAAAGCGAAGGAGAAAGAGAAAAGGAAUUUUUUAAUGAAUUAGAAUUAUUUCAUGCAUCAAGUAAUAUAGGUGCAUGUGGUUUAGUAUAUUCGUUAUUUCUACAAAAUAUAGAAGAUGAUGAAUUAAAUAAUUAUUUAAAAAAAUGUUUUGUUCAAAUAAAUAAAGAGAAUUAUCCCCAUAUUUAUAAAAUAUAUAAACCUAAAUUUGAAGAUGAUUUAAUAUUUUUAUUUGAUAGUAUAGUGUUUACUAUAGUUUUAGGAAGUACAAAGGAUAAUAUAAAUUAUAAUAUUGCACGAAAAAUAUAUAGUAAUGAUUUAAAAGGUAAAAUGGUUUUAUGUGAUUGUAUAUAUAAUUUAAAAAGAAAGUCUAACUUCUGUUUGCCUAUAGCUAACCAAAUUGAUUUUAUGGGUAUGAGAAUAAUAGCAGAACCAUUAAUCCCUUUAAAUGAGCAAUAUAUGCCAAUAGAUAUAAUAAAAGAUAUAUACGAACACACUGAUAUGAAUGAUUAUAUGAGUGAUGAAGAUAGGUUACCUUCAAGUCAUGUAAUGGAUAAUACGUCAAAUAAAAUGAAUGAUAAAAGAGAAAAUGAUCAUUUUACAAAUAAUGAAUACUAUGAUAAUUAUAUGGAUAUGAUAAAUAAUACCUGUGUAGACAAAAAUGAGAUAAAUAUGUUAUGUAAUAAUAAAUUGAACUCUAUAAAAAAAAAAAAAAAAAAAAGUAAAGAAAAUGACAAAUUUUAUGGAAAAAUAAUGCUAGAAAUAGAAAAAUAUGAUAUAGAAUUUUCAGAUCAAUUAAAACAAAUGAGUCAUUAUAUAAAUUAUGAUUGUUGUAUUUUACCUAUUGGUAUAUCUAAUUAUUUUGAACUGAAUAUAUUAAAAAAUAAAAAUAAUGUAAAAAUAUAUAAAUCAAUAAUUGAUAAUUUAUAUUUUAUAAGAGGAACAGAAGAAAUAUUACCUCCUUUUCUACUUUUAAAUAUGGAUAAGGAAAAUUAUAUUACAAGAUUAAGAUAUGAAUUUAUAAAAUAUUAUUAUGAAAAACCACUAUGUAAUACUACUAAAUCCAUAAAUAUAAAAUAUGAUGAAUAUAAAAAUCAUAAUAAUAAUAUAGAUAAAAUAAAAGAAGCUACAAAGGAAUGUAUUAAUAAUAUUGAUAAUUAUAUCAUACCCAAAAUAUCUAAUUUUUUAUUAAAUUUUUCAGAUAGUUAUGAUAUAACACAAGUAUAUCAUUCUCAUGGUAUAAAUAUAAAUAAGUUAGGUUAUUUAUUAAAAAAAGAAAUACCUGAUUAUUUAUCAGAAAUGGUAUGUAAGGAACUUAUUGCCCGUACUUUAAAGUGUAUUUAUUAUGAACACAUACAUUCAUUUAUAAUAAAUCAUUUAAAAAAUGAAACUAUAGUAAAGAAUAUAUCAAAUCAAGAAUUUAAUAAUGUAAUAAAAGGAAAGGAUCAUUGUAUGAAUAAUUAUUUGGACAAUAAUACAUCCACUACAUGUAGUAAUAAUGAAAUUAAUAAUAUCAAUAAUGAUAAUAAUAAUAAUAAUAAUAGGGAAUAUUGCUUAUAUAGUAAUACAUAUAUAAAAGAUAAUGGUCAUUAUAAUCUUUUUAAUGAUAGCAAUGCAUGUUGUCAAUCUAGAAAUAAAAAGGGGAAAAUGAUUUUUUCUUGCUUAUGCAAGAAAUGUAUAUCUGAUUGGAACUAUUUCCCUGAAUUAACACCUCAUAAAUUAUUAAUACGUUUAAUAAAUUUAACAUUAAAUAUUAAUACGUUAGAGUCUUUAACAUUUUGGAAUAAUAUAUUAAUACCUGAUUGUAUGAAAAAAUAUAAUAUCAAUUUGAAUGAAUAUAUAAAUAUAAAAGAUAUAGAAAUAUACGGUUUGCUCCUUUGUAUAGAAUAUCAUUUGGGUAUAUCUUUUACUAAUGAAUGUAAACAAAAUUAUAAAAUUAAAUUACCUUUAACUUUGAAUGAUAUGUCUAAUUUUUCUACCAAAAAAGAUGUAACUUCUUUUCCAAAUAUAUAUAGUUUAAAAAAUAUUUUUUCAUCCAAUAUAAAUUUAAAUCUAAAUAAUAUCUUACAAAAUAAUAAUGUAAAUGAUAACUAUAAUAGCAUAAAUCAUUUAAUUAGGAAAGAUAAUAAAUAUAAAUAUAAAUAUGAAUAUAAUUUAAAUUCUUCGUCAUUUAACCAUGAUAUAAACAAAUUAUAUGACAAUGAAAACAUUAAUAAUCAAAUUGAUAACUCUCAUGAUGAAAAAACUUUUGAAGGGAAUAAUUUUUUAAAUAAUAAAAAUAAUCAAACAAAUAUGAAAAAUGUAUAUUUAUUAUUAGAAGAUAUGAUAGAUGAUAAUAUACUCUCACAAGUAGGUGAUAAAAUAAACAAACAUUGUCCUAAUAAAUAUGAACAAAAUGAAAACACUAAAAAAAUGAAUACAUAUAAAAAGAGAGAGAAUCAGUUGUUUGAUAACUCUAAUAAUUAUGACAAACAAAUGUAUUUUGAAAGAAAUCAUUUUUCUUUUUUUUAUCCCAAAUCUAAGAUUUGCCUCCCAUUAUAUUGUACAUGGUACUACAAAAAUAUUGAAAAGUUAUAUUCAAAUAUUUUAUUACAAGAAAAGUUUAAAAUAAAAAAUAAUUUAAAAGAAAACAUUGUAGAUAUAAUUGGUAUUCAAAUGAGCAAUUUUUUAAGUAUUCAUAAUAUAUGUACUGUUGGUACAUGUAGUAAAAUAAAAAGUUUUAUAUAUGAAUAUAAUAUACCUUGUCAUCCUUAUUGUAUUCUUAAUGAAAAAAUGAAAUGUAUAAAUUAUGUAAGAUCAAAGAAAGCAAUUUAUUUAUUACUAAAUUUUAAUAUAAAUAAAAAUGUAUUAAAAUUAUCUAAAAUAUUUCUUCAUUUGGCAUAUAUACAUUUUGAGCACGGAUAUAUAGAAAAGUGUCUAAAGGUAUGUUAUUAUAUUUAUAAUAAUAUUCCAAGUAUAGGAACGAUAAAAAGAGAUAUACUUAUUUUAACAUUUCAGUGUAAAUUAAAAGAGGAAAAAAUCCAAGAUGCUUUAUUAAUUUAUAAAUUAAUAAUACAAUUUAGUAAAUAUUAUGAUGGGGAAUAUAAUAUAACUACAUUAUGGUGUAAUAUAUUAUUAAUGCAAUAUUAUUAUGAUAAAGCGAAUGUCACCGAAACUGAAGGUAUAAAAAAAAGGAAUAAUAUAGAUAUAGAAGAUAAAAAGGAUUGUUAUGAAAAAUAUGAUAAUAGAAAUAUGAUGUAUAAUCAAAAUAGAAUGGAUUUAAAAAGAAAAUAUUUAAUAAAUGCAUUAUACUAUUCAAAAAGAUGCUAUCAUAUUCUUUCAAGUAGAUUAAAUGAUAUUUGUUUUGAUUUUAUAUAUAUAUUUUCAUUAAUAAUGUUAGGUAACAUAUUAAUGUCUUUAAAUAAAUUUGCAAAGGCAAUAAAAUAUUAUAAUUUAUCAUUACAAUAUUGUAUUAAAGGAAAAAUACCAACUUUUCUGUUAGUACAAAAUAAAUGUUUAUUAGCAGAAUGUUUGAAGAAAAAUGGGAAUGUGUAUAAAGCCAUUGAACUAGCAGAAGAAUGUUUACAAAUAUUAUAUACAAAUAGUAAUACAUAUAUUCCAAAUUUAGAUUUAUAUAUAAUAUUGAAGUUAGCACAAAUGAAAGAAUAUAUAGGUUGUAAAGAUUUAAUUACGUAUUAUCCAUAUAUAUCAUUAAAACAAAAUAGUUGUAAUAAUAAUAAUAAUAAUAAUAUAAUUAACAAGAAAAUAUGCUUAUCAGAUUUUAUAAAUUUUGAACAGAAAUAUUUAAAUGAAAAAAAUAUCAAGUAUAGAAAUGAAGCUAUAAAUUUAUAUAUAAUAUUAUAUGAAAAAUUAAAAAAUAAAAAAAACUAUGCUGUUGUAAAUGCUAAAGAUAUGUUUGGUAAUUUUUAUAUCAAAGAUGAUAUAAUAUAUAAUAAUAAUAAAACUGAAAUCAAUAUGAAUAAUGAUGAUAUUGAAAGAAUAUAUGAACUUAUAAAAGAAAUAUUAAAAAUUAAGGUAAUAUCAUUAUGUAUGAAUAAACAAAUUAUGUUUGCUUCCAAAUUAUUAGCAAUCGUUUUAUCGAAAAAUUCAUCUCCUUUUAUAAAUAAUUUAACAUUGAUGAAAGACAAAAAUGGAAAUCGAAAUAUUUUAUUUAAUAAAUAUGAUGAUUAUGAUGAUGAUGAAGAUAUUAUAAAAAAUGUGAUGGAAAAAAAUGAAAAUAAAAAUAUAAAUAACCUAAUAUAUAAUGAUAUUUUAUUGAAUAAUAUUAAUCAUCAUCAUAAUAAUAUGAAUGGUAUGCUUAAUUAUCAACUUAGUCAUUUUCAUUUAAAUAAACAAAAAAAAAUUUUUGAAAAAAGCUGUUACACAAAAGAUUAUGAUUAUAUAUCUGUAGAAAAAAUUUUAUUUGAUCAUACAUAUUUUGAAAUAGAAGAUAUAUGUAAAUAUUGUUAUUUGAAAUGUGAUGAUAAUAUUAAUAAAUGUACUAAUAAUGAAAUGAAUUAUUCUUUAAAUCCAAGUAUAUGGUUUGAUAUACUAUUUUUUAAUGUAAUGAAAGGUACAUGUAAUAAUAAAGAAUUAAUUGUAUUAAUCGAUCUAUUUAAAACUUUUUUAACACCUAUGCAAAAACAACUCAUUUUAUAUCAUAUCAAAUCUUUACAUAAUAUUAAUAAUAAUGAUGAAUAUUCAGAAUAUAUACAAUACUUAUUAAAUAGGGAAAAAACAAAAUUUUUACAUUUCACAAAUGUGAUAGAUCAAAAUUUUCAUACAUCAUGGUAUGACAAUAAUAACAAACCUGAGCAUUUGUCGAAUUUUGAUAAAAAGGAUAUAAUAAAAAAUAUAGAUUUGUUAUCUAAUAUUAGGGUUACAAAUCCGAACUUAUAUUCUUGUUAA